AUGCGACCACCGCCGAAAAAAGGCGCUGCUAAGCGUUCAAUAAAUGUACCGAAACCACCGUCGGGUUUCGUGGACGAUGACAGCACAGCGUUUCAAUCACCAGAUGACGAUGUUACCGACUAUGGCCUGGAAUUCACUACCAGCCAGAUAACACUGCAGGACGCCAACAAUCGUCGCUGCUCGACGAUGCGGAAGGACACAUCAACUGCCCGAAGAAACCAAGCAGCUAACCGAACCGCUACGACCGAAGAUGACAUCGAAAAUAGCUCGCCGGCACGCAGAUCGCCAAGGACUCCUCAGAAGACUAGACAAAUGCAAAAGAAAAGUAUUGCCCAGCCGCAGGCAACAGCGAAAGUCAAUGCCAGUGGGUCGCAGAAACGCAAGACGCGCAGACCAAUAAACCACAGGUUAAAAAUGGAGCGGGAAAUCCGACGGCUUCAGUCCCAAGCAGGUCUGCUAAUUCCUCGGCUCCCGUUCUCGAGAUUGGUACGAGAAAUUAUGACUCAGUUGGCUGGCUACGAGGCAGGGAUGAGGGUCACUGAGGGAGCCUUGCAGGUGAUGCAGGAGUCAUCGGAGCUCUACUUGACGCAUCGACUGCAGGACUCGUACCUUCUAACGAUGCACCGCGGCCGCGUCACGCUGGAGGUGCGCGACAUGGCUCUAAUGGCAAUGCUGUGCAGUCAUGAUCGUCUUCGCUAG